CUUCGUGCUGAGUAAUUAUGAACUUACCACAGCAAACAACCUUUGAUUCUGUGUCCUUCCUCUAUGAAUUUGUCAACUUUUUUCGAAGUAUCUUGCAGAAAUCGUACACUGGAAAACUGCGAAGGACAAUUUCUGAUCUUUGGCGGCUGACGCAUAAUACGGGGAAAUGGCAUCGCGGCGGACCGUUCUGACGGUCAAAUCAGUAUUGACCGCCAUCAGUGAAGGGCACCUCGAAUGUACCAUCUGCUGUAACCGAUUCAUCGAGCCCAAAAUCCUCGACUGCCGGCACAGUUUCUGCCUGUCAUGCCUGACCCAGCUUAAGAAGGAAAGGGCCCCUUACAGGCAGACUCUGAAAUGCCCCCUUUGUCGGCAGGACACCAAGCUGAAAGAGAACGACGUGGCUGAGUUGCCCAAUAACUUCACAUUGAAUUCUCUGGUGGAGGAGUUCGCAAAGCAGGAAGAGCUGCUGGAAGGUCAGAGUUCAUCUUCAUCAUCUCUAUCGUGCCCAAAGGAGAAAACAGACGUCGUAGAAUGUAUUACAGAACUGCCUGAAUUCGAAAACCUUUCGAAAAUCGGCGAUGUUUUGGCGAAAAUCAGUGAAGAACACCUGGAGUGCACCAUCUGCUCCAACCGUUUCAACGAUCCCAAAUUGCUGAAUUGUGGGCACAGUUUCUGCCUGACGUGUCUGACCAAGCUCAGAAGGGGUCAGAUUUUUUACGGCAAGAACCUCACAUGCCCACUCUGCAGGCAGGACACCAAGCUGAUGGAAAAUGACGUGACGAGUCUGCCCAGUAAUUUCACACUGAGUUCACUCGUGGAGGAGUUCGCAAAGCAGGAAGAGCUGCUGGAAGGUCGGUGGUCAUCACCGUCAGAGAUCGAACGUCGAAAUGGAACGUGGCAACUGAAGGCAGAAAUCGAGACCGUAGAUGAAUUGUUUAUGGGAAUGAAAAGGAACAACUCAUUUUCAACCAUUUUUCACGUCGCGGCAUUCUCUAACAAUGAAGUAGUUGCAGUUCAUUACGGCAAGAAAGAGCUGAUUCAGAUUUUAGACAGAGGUAAGGUUAAAUCUCCGGCUUGCACACUCGAAGUCGAAGAUCUUACAAGGCCCAGGCGAGUGGCGGUGAACAAGUAUGGCCAACUCAUUGUCCUCAAUUAUCCAGAGGAUAACGAGAAGCCUACAGAGGUCAAGAUUUUCAGUAGGGACCUCAAGCUCCUCCAUGAGUUCGAACCAGAGCAGCGACCCGCAUCGUGUAUUGCGGUGAAUAACAACAACCAGAUAGGAGUAGGAUGUAACUACCGCCAGGAACUUCUUUUGUACACUCCGGAUGGAUCCAUACUCGACACGCUAUCUGCUCCCAGGAUCAGUGAGCACUUAGCAAGCUACAAGCAGCGCUGGAUCUACACUAACUGGAGGGAGCGAAAGUUACGGUCGAUCGACAGCGAAGGGGAGACGGUCUUCGCGGAGGAUAUUCCCAGCAGUGCUUCUUCCUCAGGCUUGGGUCCGGCCGGAGUGUGUUGCGACAAGAAUGGGGACAUCUACGUCGCUCUCAACAAUGGAUCAACGGGGGGCGAGAUUCACCGUUUUAGUGAGGAAGGCGAGCACAUUGAUUGCGUAGUCACGGGAUGCGGCUCACCCCGGGGUAUCACAAUCACGCCUGAUGGAGACUAUCUGGCAAUUGCUGCGUUACGUUCUGCCUACAUCUAUCAGCAGUGGUUUAAUAAGACCAGCAUUGUCAACAUGGCGCAGAGCAUCUCAGCCCAGUCGCUAUUGGAGAAAAUUAGUACAGAUCAUCUGGAAUGCUCCAUCUGCACCAACCGUUUCAGUCAGCCGAAAGUACUGGACUGUCUUCACAGUUUUUGCUCCAAUUGCCUUGUGCAACUUUUGGCCCGGGAGAGCCUGUCGCAGCGUCCCGGCUCGACGCUGAAAUGUCCCCUGUGUAGGCGAGAGACUACGACCAACGAUGUCAGAGAACUGCCCGAUAAUUUCACGCUAAGUGCUUUGGUAGAGGAGGUGACGAUUCAGGAAAAACUUCUGGAGGAUCAGGGAGCGGAGAUCACGUGUCAAGCGUGUGAGGAAGAGAACCCAGCAGAGGCCAUGUGCAUAGACUGUGAUCAUUUCCUCUGCCGAGAAUGUCGACUGGCGCACGGGCGCAUGGUAAUGAUGAAAUCCCAUCAAGUGCACGCCCUGGCGCAACUCCGAUCGGGAGAAAUCACCUACAAGAGCAGGCUGAGAGAGACUCGCAAAUGCCGCACACACCCGGAUCAGAAGCUGUGCUUUUACUGCAAUACAUGCGAGGAGUUGGUCUGCACGACGUGCUGCAUUGUGGAUCACACCAAACCAGAGCACUCGCUCGUGGGCCUGGCCGAGGCUUCACAAAAAUGCAAACAGGACGUCGCGUCGCUGGCUGUGAUCGCUGAACAACGCAAGACAGAUUUCCGUGCUACCAUCGAAGAGAUAGACAAGUCUAAACGGGAUCUGGAGGCCAACUAUGAGGACACUGGGCGGAAAAUUUCCAGAAAGGCCGAUGAAGAGGUUGCCAAGAUUAGAGGAGUUGAAGAGAAGCUCAAUCAGGAGUUGGAGAAGAUCUACCGAGACAAAGCCGAUGUAUUGGGUAAUGCCCUAGCAACAAACAAGAAAAAGAUGAGUGAGGUUGGACAGAAGUUGGACGAGGUCCACCGGCUGAUCGAUCAAGCAAGCUGCUGUGAAAUAAUCUACCUCAGGCAGAAACUUCUGCACAACCUCCAAGAGCUGACCAAGACAUGUCCGAAAAAGCCACCCAGUAGUCUGUCUUUGCUGGGUUUUGAGGGCGGUUACGCGUCACUGAGCACACCACUGUUUAAGGGUGGGCUGGCAUCAGAGCUAGAAACUCAAACACCGCCCGUACCACCUCGUGUGGAAGGGGACCCACAAGUGAAAUGGUAUCUGAAGGAACAGAUUACCAAAUUUGGUCAGAAACAAACCAAAUUUCGGCGCACCUUUUGCGUUGCGGCGUUCUCGAACGACGAAAUAAUUGUGACGGACGCAGGGCACAGACUCUUAAUUUCUCACAAACUACAAUCACCCACAAGACCCGAAGGACUGCGCAUGAAAGGUCUUGAGAAUCCCAGUUGCGUGGCAGUCAACAAGGACGACCACCUUGUCCUUCUCGACAAGCUUCUGGUCAAGGUCUUCAACAGGGAGCAACGCCUCCUCCACAAGUUCAAUCCCGGCGGAGGUCCGAGCAGCACCCCGACGUGCCUGGCGGUGGAUGACAGCAACCUCAUAGCGAUCGGAUACGAGAAAACGGAGGAGAUUUCCAUUCACAACCCGGACGGGUCCCUCGUCCGGACUCUCCCCGCGAAGAAGAUCGACUCUCACUUGGCCAUCCGCGGUCAACGGUUCAUCUACACCAAUUUUGAGAGCAGGAGGUUGCUGUCGGUAGACUACAUCGGCCGCAAGGUGUUCUCGGUAGACAUCCCUUGCGACAUGCACGGGACGUGGGGCCCCACCGGUGUGUGCUGCGCCAGGGAUGGCAGCGUCUACGUCGCCGUGCACGGUUGGCUCUCCGGCGGAAUUUACAUGUUCAGUUCUGAGGGCAGUAGCUUGGGCUGCGUUAUACCAGAAUGUAAAUUUCCCGCUGGCAUUACACUCAUGCCCCGCACUGGCUAUCUGGUGGUGGCCACAAACACAUCAGUUCAAAUCUUCCACAAGACACGAAGCGCAUCACUGAUAAAGUAAAAAGCAAGUGUAUAACCCGUCUGAAAUUCGGACACUGUGUGACAGGUAACUUCUAUGAGUGGUUUACGAAAAUAUGGCACAGCGAGAAAAUCCAAAUAUGGAUAAAUCGGGUCCACCAGAAGCUGAAAUCUCAUGACGACAUUUGCACCGAGGAAGAGAUAUCCAGCUAAGCACGUCACACUCUCCUACAACGAUGAAAUACGUGCCCCCGACAUAGACAGCUCGUUCGUCCUUGGAUUCCAGACUGAACGAACACGAAUUAUCAUGUUCCAAUUUCCCUACAUAUGUAGGCCUACAUCUCCCGUCUAAAAAAAAUUAUGCAUUCGACAGAGCGUGGAAAUUUACUUUGAAAAGAAAAGUCGGCGAGAUUUACGGGCAUACCGGACUUUGAUGUAUAUCGUAUAGUCUUAUAGCUCUUCAAGGAAAACAAGUCAUUUCAUAACAGAAAAUGAAACAUUGCGGUUUACGUACCGAAUGUAAGUACCGCAAAUCAAUGACUUUAGGCAAUUUGUAAAUUAGAUCCCGGUUUCCUGAUCACCGUAGCAAACGCACGGGGUAAAGAUAAACAGGGGAGUCCGUUGCUAGACUAGCUGGUGUUUGUUUUUAAGGCCAAGUUCGAUCAGCGACCACAUGUCAACUACUUCAAGGUCUAUUUGUCUAGUACCCAGUGUUAGUUUUUGUGCAUUGGUUAUCAAGGGAAAUCUAUCAAGGUGGUCGACAAAAUGGUUGCGAUUCAAACCGGGCCCCACUGCAUUCAAAUUAACACAGGUUGGCGAGUACUCCGUCAAACAAAAAGUUUAUUGGAAAUACCGGCGGAGACUUUCAACAGACAAUGCUAAGCUUCCGAAAUGCGAGUGAAGCAGGACAUGGAACGUCAAAAAUAGAUGCAUUGUCAUCACAGGCUUGUAUAUAAUCGAAUGAGACUUAAUUUCAUGUCGAAUAAAAAGAGAAUAGAAACAAUUUUUAUUUUUCAAACAUAUGAGCCCUUGGGUAUCUUAAUUUACAUUGGAGAUACAAUUUC